CAAUCGAUAGAGUAAGUAAUGGGGACGAUCAUCUCAGAUAAGAACUCCAUCCCCAACCACCAUGUCCAAGAGCAAGUUCGACAAGGCUGUUGAAAUCGUGAAGAACCUCCCGAAGGAUGGAGCUGUGAAGCCGAGCACCGACGAUCAGCUCUACUUCUACGCCAACUUCAAGCAAGGUACGAUUGGUGAUGUAGACAUCCCGCGUCCCGGAAUGCUCGACUUCACCGGCAAGGCGAAAUGGGAUGCCUGGAAUGCUAUCAAGGGCACCUCCACCGAGCAAGCCCACACGAACUACGUUGCGAAACUGAUCGAGCUUCUGAAAGCGGCCGGCGACGAGGAGUCGCAGAAGUACAUCGCAGAGAUCGAGGCUGCCUGAAUACCGGCAUAUAAUUCAACACCUUCAAAUGUGUACAUACAUGUAUCUGCAAUCGCCAAUGAUCAAUCACCAAGUACAAAGUGUCUACCUGCUGUGUGUGUGUGUGUCAAUGUCUA